ACCAAUAAGCGAGCGGCUCCUCCGUACAGAGCAGCAUCGGCAUCGCUCUCCUCACCGGCAGUUUUGCUCUAGACAAGUCGGGACAAUUUCUCACAGAGCUUCUUAUUGCGCUCAGAACUGCAUCCAAGAAGAGAGCUCCGGGAAUUAUACAAUUUAUUCGAAGAAGGCGAGUCGGGCCAAUCUCUGUCCCUUGAUUUUACAGCGCUCUGGCAAAAAUGAAUUUAGGCUCCGUUCUUAUACUGACGUGCACCUUACUUGUGGACACAUCUUGGGUGACCAAGGCAGACCAACCACCUAAACCCCCAUGCAGACCAGGCUUUUCCGAGAGCUUCUACACAGUGUUUGUCUCUAGGGAUCUACUGCGAGGCCAGAGCAUUCUCAAAGACACCACCCUGUCGAGUGAACGUGUGAAGUUUGACAACUGUCAGCACAGCAAGGCUGUGGACUUCGAGAGCAGUGACCCUAACUUCAGUGUGCGUCCUGACGGCUCGGUGUACGCGGAGCAGGAGGUGGCCAACCUGUCUGAACCAGUCCAGUUCAUGGUGACCGCCCGCAGAGGUCAUGACCCUCAUAUCUGGGAGACCACGGUCAAGCUGGCCUUGGCUGGCCACCCGCCUUCUGUUCCUGUGAGUCAGAUUGGAGUGGAGGAUAUGAUUGCAAGGGCCUGGGACUCUAAUCCCAGGGUUAUCAAGUUUCCACGGAAACAUCAAAGAAGCUCUUCUGCCAAUGGUCUGAGACGACAGAAGCGAGACUGGGUCAUCCCACCAAUCAAUGUGCCCGAAAACUCUAGAGGACCCUUCCCACAAAUGCUUGUCAGAAUCCGCUCGGACCAGGACCUGGAGAAAGGGAUCCGCUACAGCAUCACUGGAGCAGGGGCGGACCAGCCUCCCAUUGACGUGUACAACAUCGACCCUGUGCACGGCAAGAUGUUUGUCACCAGACCCCUGGACAGAGAGGAGAGGGCCUCCUACCAUCUGCGGGCCCAUGCGGUGGACAUGAACGGGAACAAGGUGGAGAGCCCCAUAGACCUGUACAUCUACGUCAUCGACAUGAACGACAACCGGCCAGAGUUCCAGAACCAGGUCUACAACGGCUCUGUGGCUGAAGGCUCUAAACCAGGCACGUUAGUGAUGCAGGUGACCGCCAACGACUCAGAUGACGACACCACAGCCAAUGGGAUGGUGCGCUACCGGAUCCUAUCCCAGACCCCCCACAUGCCAAUCCCCAACAUGUUCACCAUCAACAGCGAGACGGGAGACAUCUUCACGGUGGCCGCCGGCUUGGACAGGGAGAAAGUGUCGCAGUACACCAUCAUCGUCCAGGCCACGGACAUGGAGGGGAACCUGAACUUUGGCCUGUCCAACACGGCCACCGCCCUCAUCUCUGUGACCGACAUCAACGACAACCCUCCCGAGCUGACCGCCAGGACGUUUUCGGGGGAGGUCCCAGAGAACAGGGUGAAUGUGGUGGUGGCCAAUCUGACAGUGAUUGACAGGGAUCAGCCUCACAGCCCCAACUGGGCUGCCCAGUACCGCAUCGCCAGCGGAGACCCCCAGGGUCACUUCCUCAUCCGCACCAACCCUGUCAACAAUGACGGCAUGGUCACUGUGGUCAAGCCGGUGGACUAUGAGCAGAACAGGGCCUUCAUGCUGACGGUGAUAGUCUCUAACAAGGCCCCUCUGGCCAGUGGGAUCCAGUCUUCUCUCCAGUCUUCAGCGGGGGUCACCAUCUCCGUACAGGAUGUCAACGAACCCCCCGUCUUCCCUUCCAACCCCAAGUCCAUCCGUUUCGAGGAGGGUGUCCCUGCAGGCACCACACUCACCGUGUUUGCUGCCCAAGACCCUGACCUCUUCAUCCAUCAGACUGUCCGGUACUCGAAGCUGUCUGACCCAGCUAGCUGGCUGAGGAUCAACAGGACCAACGGUCAGAUCACCACCAUGGCCGUGCUGGACAGGGAGUCCAUGUACGUCAGGAACAACAUCUAUGAGGCCACCUUCCUGGCUGCCGACAAUGGUAAGUCUGGCUCUCCCCCAGCCAGUGGGACAGGUACUCUACAGAUACAUCUGAUAGAUGUGAAUGACAACGCUCCAGUGCUGUUUCCCAAGGAGGCCCAGGUGUGUGAACGCGCCAGCCCCCGCUCCAGGGUCAACAUCACAGCCUCCGACGCCGACGCUGACCCUCACGUGGGGCCUUUUGUGUUCGAGCUGCCCUCCUACCCCCCUAGCGUCCGACGCAACUGGACCGCCUCCCGCAUAAGCGGUGACUAUGCCCAGCUGAGACUGAGGAUUCCCUACCUGGAUGCAGGGGUGUAUGAUGUUCCCAUCAUAGUGUCGGACUCUGGGAACCCGCCCCUCUCUAACAGGUCUAUGAUAAAGGUCAAGGUGUGUCCGUGUGACGACAACGGAGACUGUACUACCACCGGAGCUGUGGCUGCCGCUGGACUGGGGACCGGAGCGAUCAUAGCCAUACUCAUCUGUAUCAUCAUACUGCUUACAAUGGUACUGGUGUUUGUGAUGUGGAUGAAGCGGAGGGAGAAGGAGCGUCAGGCCAAGCCCCUGCUGAUCGACCCAGAGGACGACGUCAGAGACAACAUCCUGAAAUACGAUGAGGAGGGAGGAGGAGAGGAGGACCAGGACUAUGACCUAAGCCAGCUGCAGCAGCCCGAGGCUCUGGACCACAUCAUCUGUAAACCAACGGGAGUGCGCAGGGUGGACGAGAGGCCUGUCAUCGCUGAGUCCCAGUACCCCGUCAGACCCAGCCUGCCUCAUCCCGGAGAUAUCGGAGACUUCAUCAACGACGGUCUGAGGGCAGCAGACAACGACCCCACAGCCCCGCCCUAUGACUCCCUGCUGGUGUUUGACUACGAGGGCAGCGGCUCCACAGCCGGCUCUGUCAGCUCCCUCAACUCCUCAAGCUCAGGGGACCAGGACUACGACUACCUCAACGACUGGGGCCCCCGCUUCAAGAAGCUGGCUGACCUCUACGGCGGAGGAGACGACGACUGAGAAAGGGGUGGGGUACGGAGGGGGUCCGGGGGGGAGGGUUUGGGGUUGGGGUCAGAUGCUCCUCGAAACCACAGGCAGGGCCCAAGCAGUACCAUAUUAGAUAUUUCCAUAGUAGACCAGUGAGGACAGAACGGACGUUAGAGACUGUUCUAGAACACGGCCUGUGACCUCACUAGGUUCUGCUGCUACUCUAUUCUGGCUUUUUUUAGUGGCAAGUUUUUAGUGUGUUUUGUUUCUCACUCUACUGAACCUCAAGCUAUCUGGGGACACAAGGCACUUCUGAGAGACAGGAGUGAUGACGCUCGUUUGGCUUGGAUGAUAAAAAGGAACAGGACAAACCCGUCUCUUUUUGGCUUAACGCUGAACAGAGUGUACAGAAAGACACUUUCUCUCUCAACUUGAAUUUCCUUAGAACAGAAGCACUGUCGUUUUAUAAAGUGCCUUUUGUGGUGUGUUUUGUAUUGGACUCCUGCUAUCUCAGGGUUGUUUGCCAUUGGAGUGGUUUCGAGCGGCACACUCCCUUGUAACCCCCAUGCCCCCAACCUUCAUAUGUCUCCCUCUCCUCUUCUCUCUGGUGUAGAAAGAACUACUGUACCCAGCAGCAACACAGAGAAGUGAACCUCACAACGAGGGCUGGCUGCAGGUUAAGAUCAGAUGAACUCUGACCUUUUGGAGCAUUUUGGGGAAGUACUACUAAAGCAACCCUCUGUCAGUGAGACCUGAUACACACUAGGGUGAUCGAAGACUUUCCCAAGCAUCAUCCGGUCAACACAACAACACACUGACAUUGGGUGUGUGAGUGUAUGUGGUUGUUUUUAUAAAUGUGGGGUUUUUCUAACAAACAGAGAAUGCCUGCCUUUCCUCUGUGAACUCAGUCUAGGAGCAUUUACGUUUGGACGCUUGCCUGCCCUGUACGGUUUUGUGUUGCUUUCCACACUGUAAAACUUAUAUAGGCAUGAUCUGAGUAGUGGGACAGUAUGAGACAGUACGACUUUAAAUGGCUUGGAAAGAAGGCACUGAAAACGAAGCGUUAUAAGGAUUUUUUUGCCUUGAACAUUCCCAUUUUUUAGGUCAACAAAACUAUUAAAAGGUGCAUGAUUUUUUUUCCCAAAAUGUUUUACUCAACGCACUUGUUCUUAUGUGGUGAGAAUGUAAAAAAUAGUAAGCUGAAAAUAUAUGAAUAUACUCUGUAAAAAGACAUUCAAAAAAGAAAAUGCUGUAAGAUACCUAUUUUUUGAAGUAUUAACAACAAAAAAGUUGAUGCUCUUCAAUGGGCUGAAUGACAUUUUGGCCAAAAGUUGAUGCUCUCGCUCUUCAAUGGGCUGAAUGACAUUUUGGCCCGGCCAUUUUCAAUGUGUGCGUGUGUUUCUUUUCUAAUUUUGGUCAAGAUGCUGUAGGUUUCUUUCAGUUUAUCUUUUUCACACAAAAAAUUGUUGGUUCUUUUUUAAGAAUUAAGAAAGCUUUGUUAUAGUUCAAUUUUUUUAAUAUGUCAAAUGCAGCCCUCCCUCUUCUCAUGUGUCUUUGACGAAGGCAUUUCUGUCGGCCUCUGAAGUUGGAACUGUUCAAGGGUUAAACAGCCAUGCCUGCUGAUAGUUGUUCUAUUAUUCAGUGUAUCUGAAUUAUUUUCUUCAUUGAUCUGGAUAUGUGCUUUAGAAAAUAAAUGAGACAUGUUUUAAAAA